AUGGGAUCGCGAAAGCGCAACCGCUCCGAGGCCAUCCCCAUGGACCAAGACGCCCCGGAAGAGCAAAGCCUGCUCACCCAGCUGAGAAGUACCUGGGAAUUUGCAAGUAUCAUGCAGUACAUUGCCAUCUUUGGGCAGGUGAUGAAGAUUGACGAGGAGUUUGAGAUUGAGGAUCUGGAAGCCGAGUGCCUCAGACCGGAACCUUCUCAUAAGCUUUUGGAAAUUGGAUUAUGCUUGCUCAAGUGGAUCUCGUCGCAUCGCGGCCUCACAUAUGAGAAUUUCGAUGAGUACACCCGCCGCCAGUACAAUGCGAAAGCCCCAAAUACUACGAACCCCUUCGGAUACGACGAGGAGCCGAAGAGAUUCAUGGAUUUUGAUGUUUUCCUUAAGCUUCGCGUUCUUCAUGCGUUGACCACUUGGACUUUCUGGAACGCAGACCGGAUUCGCGACAAGAUGCCCGAGAAAAGGGAAAAUGAUCAGCUGGAAUGGCGCAUUGAGGAAUUUGGCUGGGAUCGCGAGGGCCGUUCAUACUACGUUCUAGAUGAUAACCGUUUGUACCGCCGCACCGAUCGUCCCGCCCCUCCGCCUGUUCAGCGAACUAAGAAGAAGGCGAAGGGUAAAUCUUCUCGGUCGUCAAGGGCGUCUAAGCGUGCUUCCACAGCAGCCGCGGAAGAAGGCUCCGACGAAGAGAAUAAAGAUGCGAUCAAUGAGGAUCCUGCUGUGACAUACGCUGAAGACCCUUUCAAGUGGGAAUGUCUUGCUGUUACUCUUGAGGAGUACCAGGUUUUCUUAGAACCGCUCCAGAAGAGCAAGGAUGCGGACGAGAAGGCCCUUCGGUCUAGUGUUGAGGAGCAUAUCUUGCCUAUCUUGGAAAAGGCCGAGGAGGCUUCGCAGCGCAAGCGUGCCAAGCGUGAUAAGGAGCUGCUGAGCUUGCAGCUUGUCGCAGGUGCGAAGCGGUCCAGUCGACUUGCUGCUAAGCAGGAAAAUGAACGGCAUGAACGAGAAGCUGAAGAGGCCGCUCGGAAACAUGAACAUGAUCUCGCAGAGGCUCGCAGAGAACAGGCCAAACAUAGCCAGCUCGAGGAAGACCGUCAGUCUCGUAUGAUGACUCGCGAACAGCGCAUUAAGGACCGUGAACAGAAACGCAUCCUACAUGAGGCAGAGCUUGAGCGCAUCGCCGAGGAGCAAGAGAGGUUGGAAAAUGGCGAGAGUAGGGCUUCUGCGCGGAACCUCAAGGCUGAGCGAGAGAAAUCGCAGAAGAACUUGGCGGAGCUUUCUCAGGAGGACCAGUGGAUCUUUGAUUGCUCCGGCUGUGGGGUGUACGGGGAGAAUUUGGAUGAUGGGAGCCACAGCGUUGCCUGCGAGCACUGCAAUGUGUGGCAGCAUAGCAAAUGCCUCGGUAUCUCACAACAAGCGGCUGAAAAGGACGACUUUCAAUUUGUCUGCCACGAUUGCAAGCAGAAGGAGCACGAUGCCAACAAGCCCAAGCUUCCACCUCUUAAAUUCCGUGUCAGCGCUUCGGCCUCUCCAUCGGCUUCUCCCUCUACCGGCAACAAGCGAAAGCUGGAGAAUGAGGAUGACCAGGUGCCACUCUCGCCCGUGAAGAAAUCCCAUACAGCUCUAUCCAACAUUCAGAAUGAUCCUCCACGGACGCAGCCUUCUCUUCCGCCUACUCUUAGCCAUGGUCACUUCUACCCUCCUCCCUCACCUCAGCGCCCGACCCACCACAUCAACCAGGCGUCGUUGCCAUCUUCAAGUCCUCCACGACCUCCCUUCUCCCCUCCCAAGGGCAUGAAUGGUCUGCUGCAUUCUACGGAGCAGAACCCCCGACCUACUUCAUCCCAACACCACCUUCCGCCUAUGAACGCGGCCCCUCACCUUCCCCCCAUCGGUUCCUUCCAAUCCGUGCGACCCUCAUCCUCUCACUCUAACCAGAGCCCCGUUCAGAAUCAGCCUUCCAUGUCGCCUACGCAGGGUAAUCCUGAUGUUGGCCCUCUUGCAGGCUUCCCUCCUGUCGCUCCUCACGCCUCUUCCCCGUGGACCUCCUACGAUACCCAUGUGACUCCGCGCCCCCAGUCUGGCCAUGGAGCUACCAACAUCUCGGCGAUGUCUCAUAACUAUCCAUCUUUUUCUACCGCGACGCCGAACGGCAAUCACUCCUCGCCUCCCCAGAGCUCCCACGGCCUUCUAUCGGGAAUCAGCCCGACCAAGCAGUCCCCUCGCCCAGUGACUUCUGGUAGCAUGGCAGGUGCUCCCGUACUGCCGCCCAUCCGCCGAUUGGAGCCCAGCCCUAAGCUCAUGGGCCGCAGUUCUCCGGAUGCUCCUAUUCCACCUCCGGUGAAGUGCAUGACUCCUGAGCAGGAAGAACGCCGCCAGAGAGAAAAUGCCCUGAGGCUACACCAUGCUCAUGGCCAUUCCAAUGGUCAACAUCUGAUGUCGUCGCCCUCUCUGAAUCGUAUUCCUCCUCUGGGUUCUGGUGCUGUUUCUCAAUACCCUGAUCCGGUCUCCUCGCCACAGCGUGGAAGCAAUGGCCAUGAUAAAUAA